AUUUGUAAAAAAAAAAAAAAAUUGUAAACAAAAAACUGAAAUCAAUUGUGUUCCUGACAUUUAAUGCUAAGGCGAAGAACUUUGAUUGGGAAAGUUGUGGCUUGAUAGCUACGUUUGUCAUGUUACUUUCAUUUUUUUAAGCAAAAGUAAAUGUCCAGUCUGAUAGUCGGAUGUUGAAGUUGUCAAGGUAUAGUAGCCCAAGGAAAUUGCGUCAGUUUUUCCUCGACAUAUUGAUAAAGGCUCCAAUCUACUAGCCUACUGUGGAGGCUCAGACUGUCGUAAUGUCGGAGGCCAAGGCACUCACCCCGACUCCGGCUGGAGACACAUACAAAGGAUGGCUAUUCAAAUGGACGAAUUACAUCAAGGGCUACCAGCGACGAUGGUUUGUCUUGAGCAACGGUUUACUAUCCUACUACAGGACCCAGGCAGAGAUGGGCCACACCUGCCGGGGCACCAUCAACCUGGCCACGGCCAACAUCGCGGUGGAGGACUCGUGCAACUUUGUMAUCUCUAACGGCGGGGCGCAAACCUACCACCUGAAGGCCAGCUCUGAGGUGGAGCGGCAGCGCUGGAUCACCGCCCUGGAGCUGGCCAAGGCCAAGGCUGUCCGCAAUCAGGCCGAGUCUGAUGACUCUGGUGAUGAGUGUCCCACGUCACCCCCUACCUCGGGACAAGGCGGAGGGGCACGUAACUCUAACUCAGAGGUACAGUCCACACUACGCACUCUGGGCAGCAAGGUAGAAGACCUGAGCACCUGCAACGACCUCAUCGCCAAGCACGGCUCUGCCCUCCAAAGGUCCCUGUCAGAGCUGGAGGGGGUGCGGYUGGGAGCCGACACGGAUGGCAAGAUCCGGCAGGUGACGGAGAGAGCCACGUUGUUCCGCAUCACCUCCAACGCCAUGAUCAACGCGUGCAGAGACUUCCUGUCCCUGGCCCAGGCCCACAGUAAACGGUGGCAGAAAGCCUUGCAUUCGGAGCGGGACCAGAGGAUAAGGCUGGAGGAAACAUUGGAGCAGCUAGCCAAGCAGCACAACCACCUGGAGAGGGCCUUUAGAGGGGCCACCGUACUGCCCCUCUCCCAGAGCAACCCYGCCUUGGACAGCAAGAGUUCGGGCUCAGCAAAGGGUGACGCGAGCGACGAGGAUGAUGAGAAUGAGUUCUUUGACGCUAUGGAGGACCCGGCGGGGUUCAUCACUGUACCGGCCGACCCCAAGUAUCAUAGAAGGUCAGGAAGUAACGUCAGUUGUCUCAGCACUGAAACUGGAAUUGAUGACCAAUCACUUUGUGACGAGCAGUCGUUGGGGUCCAAUCCGGAGUCGCCGCAGUCCCUGGAGGUUGAGCCAGUGAGGAAGAGGCGGACCAAAAUCCCAGACAAGCCCAACUAUUCUCUGAACCUCUGGAGCAUCAUGAAGAACUGCAUCGGCAAGGAGCUCUCCAAGAUCCCCAUGCCUGUGAACUUCAACGAACCAAUUUCCAUGCUCCAGCGUCUAUCCGAGGACUURGAGUACUACGACCUCCUAGACAAGGCGGCUAAAUGCCAGAGCUCUCUGGAGCAGCUGUGCUACGUGGCUGCCUUCACCGUAUCGUCCUACUCCACUACGGUCCACCGCACAGGGAAACCCUUCAACCCCCUACUGGGGGAGACCUACGAACUGGACCGGCUGAGGGAGAGCGGCUACCGCUCACUGUGUGAACAGGUGAGUCACCACCCGCCUGCAGCGGCUCAUCAUGCCAUCUCAGAGAGAGGCUGGACCCUCCGACAGGAGAUCUCCCUCGCCAGCAAGUUCAGGGGAAAAUACCUCUCCAUCAUGCCACUGGGCUCUAUCCAAUGUAUGUUUGAGAAGAGCAACAAUCACUACUCGUGGAAGAAAGUCACUACAACAGUACACAACAUCAUUGUGGGCAAAUUGUGGAUCGACCAGUCGGGCGAGAUAGACGUGGUGAACCACCGGACCGGCGACCGCUGCCAUCUCAAGUUCGCCCCGUACAGCUACUUCUCCAGAGACGUGGCCAGGAAGGUGACUGGUGUGGUGACAGACAAGGAGGGUAAGGCCCACUAUGUGCUGUCAGGGACGUGGGAUGAGAAGAUGGAGCUCUCCAGGGUGAUGCAGAGUAAUAAGGGCGAGAACGGCACCGAGGGCAAACAGAAGACCGUCUACCAGACGCUCAAAGCCAAGGAGCUCUGGAAGAAGAACCCACUACCUGAGGGUGCGGAGACCAUGUACUACUUCUCGUCGCUGGCGCUGACGCUCAACGAGCCCGAGGAGGGCGUGGCGCCCACCGACAGCCGGCGACGGCCCGACCAGCAGCUGAUGGAGGCGGGCCGGUGGGACGAGGCCAACGCCGAGAAGCAACGGCUGGAGGAGAAGCAGAGGAGCGUCCGCCGCGAGAGGGAGCGAGAGGCCCAGCGCGCAGCCAACCUGCCUGAGGAGGGGGCAGAGGGGGUGGAAGUAGCGGAGGACGCUGUCAUUGAGGACUCUUUCAUCACUGACUCGCCUUUGAAAACGGACCCUGACGAUUCUCCACCUCACACUCCAACCCCACGUGGUCCGCCCCUCUCAGAGUAUCAAAUGGAUGACAUGGAAGGUCAUUAUGGAGCUGCUGUCAAAAGUGUCCACCAGGACAACUAUGAGGCGAUGUGGUUCGAGAGGACCGAGGACGUCGUCACGGGAGAGUCCAUGCACGUCUACAAGGGGGGCUACUGGGAAGCGAAGGACCACGGCAGCUGGGACAUGUGCCCCGAUAUAUAUUGACCCCCCCCCCCCAUCAGCAAAUUGUACUAACCCAGGCAUUUGGAACAAGCCACAAGCUGCCCUUUUUCCCCCAAUUGAAGAAGGGACAAACUGGGUAUCGACCCUGUUUAACCCCAACCCUCCCUCUUUCAGGAUAGAUUUUGGGUUGUAAUGCCCCUUACCUCUCCCCUAUCACUCUCUGUGGGGAUGG